AUGCUCAAAAACUCAAGGACUUCAUUGACGCCUUCCGGACUACCGCUAUGCGUUUUCUGUGCAGUACGGAAUUCCUCAGCCCGUAACCAACGGUUGCUAUUCCGACAACUUCAUACCACCGGCCCGAGAUUGGAAGGAGAACAAGCCGGAUCCACUGGAGAACGUUAUAAAGGAUAUGCAGGAUUUACAAAAAAACUUCCGACGGCUAUAAGGGAGAACAAAUGGGAUCCAUCUAAUUCGGUUACAUCGGGGAGUUCUGGGAUAGACAGAGCAAUCCUCUCAUCUUUUGCGCCCCCCCGAAAUAGCGGUAGUAGUUGGCCCAGGAAUGAAGGCGCUCCCGCACCUCCCAGAAUCAACCGCGUGAGUAUUUCUGGACAGGAGGGGCGUAGGGAUGCUGGAUCCAAUAGGUGGUCAACUGAGGGAUAUGGACGAGGAGGGGUGGCGCAAAAUCAGGAAGGAGGUAGCAUAGUUCGAGGUGGCUACCAAGGUUUUAAUCGACAAGCACGCCCUCCAAUGCCAGGGAGGACCACUCCUUCUCAACAAGAUGGAUACGCUCCAAGAGAGGGUUACAGCCGGGGCGGGUACAAUCGAGGAGAUGGAUACAAUCCGAGGGGUACAGCUACUGUGAGAGAAUAUAUCCCGAGAGAGCCGAGUAUCGCGAGAGAAUAUACCCCGAGAGAACCAUAUACUGCGAGAGGAUAUGCCCCAAGAGAAUAUACAUCAAAAGAUAGAUACGCACAAAGAGAUCCAUUUGCCUCGGGGGGUGGAUACGCCCCAAGGGACGGGUAUAAUCCGGGAACUCCAUCAUUCAGCGAGACCUAUGUUCCAAAGCAACAAACAUGGAAUGCUGGCAAUAGAGAUGAAUCAGAAGUCAAAAAAUCGGAGUCCCUCGCUCAAGAAGAAACCAUCACUCGACCUUUAGAAGUUACUCUCAAUGAUUAUCAGAAACGACGAGCGGGGAGAUCUCGAGAUAAGUCGCAAAACAGGCUUCUUUACGAUGAUUUUGAAUCUGCAAUAUUAGAGGAAGGAGAAGUACUAUCGCGUAAAGACAAGAAAGCCGCUAAGAAGGCCAAGAAACGAGAGAAAAAGGAAUAUGCUCCAAAAAUGAUACCCCUGUAUCUUCCGGAAUAUAUCAGUAUACCAAAUCUAGCAAAAGCGUUGAAGGUCAGGCUGGAAGAUUUCACACUGCAGAUGGAGCAGAUGGGCUUCACUGAAGUGAGCCAUGAUCACAUUUUGAACGCGGAAACAGCGGGUCUUAUUGCUCAAGAGUUUAAUUAUGAGCCGAUCAUUGACAAUAGCAAAGAGCGCGACUUACUUCCACGACCCCCGCCAGAAGACCGUUCUAUACUCCCACAACGUCCCCCGGUCGUCACUAUAAUGGGUCAUGUCGACCACGGCAAAACAUCGCUCUUGGACUGGCUCCGAAAAGCAUCUGUUGCUGCUACUGAGCACGGAGGUAUCACGCAACACAUUGGUGCCUUCUCAGUGAAUAUGUCUACUGGGGAAAACAUCACUUUCCUUGAUACUCCCGGCCACGCAGCUUUUUUGACUAUGCGAGAGCGGGGAGCAAAUGUUACUGAUAUUGUCAUUCUCGUAGUUGCUGCCGAUGACUCUGUGAUGCCACAGACGAUAGAGGCGAUCAAACAUGCGAGGGCUGCAAACGUUCCCAUAAUUGUAGCGGCAAAUAAAAUUGACAAGGAGGACGCGGAUGUCGAAAAGGUAAAACAGGAUCUUGCUAGAUACGGUGUUGAUGUGGAAGACUAUGGUGGCGAUACACAGGUCGUAUGUGUAUCCGCGAAGACUGGGCAGGGCAUGGACGAUUUAGCGGAGGCGGCCAUUACCCUUAGCGAAGUUCUGGAUAUGCGGGCAGAGGUGGAUGGCCCUUGCGAAGGUUGGGUUCUUGAAGCUGGUACUCAGCGAGGCGGGCAUAUUGCAACUGUAUUAGUUCGGAGAGGGACGCUUCGAUUAGGCGAUUCUAUUGUCGCGGGUACUACUUGGGCCAAGGUCCGUCAACUCAUCAACGAACGUGGCGUCGAAGUAGAAUUCGCUACACCCGGAACCCCUAUACAAGUUUUGGGUUGGAAAGAUCAGCCUGAAGCAGGAAAGCUCGCAAUACAGGCAGAUAGCGAAGCAAAGGCCAAAGAUGUGAUCGAAUUUCGUAUCGAAAGGGCUGAACGGCUUCGCCAAGCGGCUGAUAUGGAAGCAAUCAAUGAAAAGAGGCGUUUGCACAGAGAGAUGGAAGAGAUGGAAGCUACGAUCAGAGAGGAAGCUAUUGAGAAAAAAGAGGACCCUGAUGCUGCAGUGCUUGCGUGGGAGAAGACUUCCAAGAAAGAGGUUGCCGCUCAGUCAAAAUGCCAAGAGGUUGGGUUUGUCGUCAAGGGUGAUGUUGGUGGAUCGGUUGAGGCAGUAGUUGCUUCGGUUGAAGAACUUGGGAAUGACGAAGUUAGGGCGAAGGUCGUCCGAAGUAACUUUGGAAAUGUGAGCGAGUUUGAUGUUGACUAUGCAGCAGCUAUCGAUGGAUACAUUCUUUGCUUCAACCUCACGCCUGAUCCCGAGAUUAUCGUUUACGCACGUAAUAAAGGUGUGACGAUACUCGUACAUAAUGUCAUUUAUCAUCUUAUUGAAGAUGCCAAACGGGUACUCUCGGAUCGCCUAUCACCAACCGUAAUUACCAAGAUUACUGGAGAGGCGGAUAUCGAAGUAGUGUUUAGUUAUAACAUUAAAGCGAAGGUAUACAAACCUGUUGCGGGUUGUAAGGUAAAAACAGGUAUAGUCACGAAGAACAGCAAAGUUAGAGUUCUCAGGGAUGGGGAGACUAUUUUCGAGGGGUUGUUGGAAAGUUUGAAAAAUGUCAAGAAAGAUGUGACAGAGAUGAGGAAGGGAACGGAAUGCGGGAUUGGGUUCGAGGGUUGGGGUGACUUUCAAGUGGGCGAUGUGGUACAAUGCUACGAGGAAACCUUUGAGCCGAGGAGCUUGUAA